AUGAACUGCGAACUGCCACCCCCGCCCGAUCCCGUGGGCAACUACCUGCCGCUCACCCGCAGCGGCAACGUCAUGUGGCUCGCCGGAGUCGGCUCGCGCCUCGCCACCGGAGAGGGAAUUGCCGGCAAGCUGGGCGACGACCUGACCGUGGAGCAGGGCUACGAGGCGGCGCGGUGGGCCGCCCUGAACCUGCUGUCCCGGAUGAAGGCCGAACUGGGCGACCUCGACCGGGUUACCCGCAUCCUCAAGGUGGUGGGCAUGGUCAACAGCGCCCCGACCUUCACCGGGCAGGCCCGGGUGGUCGACGGCGCCUCCGACCUCUUCGUGGCCCUGUACGGCGACCGCGGACGCCACGCCCGCUCUGCCCCAGGCAUGGCCGCCCUCCCCGGCAACACCGCCGUAAUCUGCGACUGCGUCAUCGAGGUGGACGGCGGUUAG